UUGGACCUGCUCCAUCGCCACGGUGGUGAACUAAUUGUAGUCCUUACUGGAUAUAAAUUAGCCAGGGUGGCAUCGCUGCAUUUUACCAUAUAACUAAAUAAUUUACUUGCGAGAAUGUGGCGUAAUUGCGUUUACUGCAUUUUUUGUUCCAUCACAUCAGAGUACCAACAGACAGUUGCCAUAGGAACCUUCGGAUGUUAACACGAUGUUGCCAACCGGUGAGAUAUCGCCAGCGCGCUCGAGCUGCAAGAAAACGAUAGUAAACUGUAAUCUGGACUUGGUUCUUUUGCGUCCUCAUUCGGGGAAUACGUGUGUGAGUCUCCACGCUAUGUGUUGUUUUUAACCAGCCGGUGUCAGCCCCGGACCUCUUGCAGCUCGGCGCGCACCCGGUGGGUCGUGACAUUUUGCCUCUCCGUCGUCCAUCAUCAUUUUGCCGAGGACUUGAUGGGGAACCCACUGGUGAACUAACGUCAGCCAGGAGCCAGGAGUGGAAAACUGGGAAUGGGGGAAAAAAUGUGUUGAUCUUCAAUAGCGCACCUGUGUCGGUAAUUUGCACGGUGUGAAUGCGCAGGUUACAGUGAAAACAUACGAGAGAAAAAAACAAACCAAACCCUAUCAGUUAACGGUAGCUGGGCGCAGUAACGUCACCCCCUCCCAGCUCGGUGCAGGCCUCCAGGAUGGCUGCAACCGCCGGCAGCUCCCACGGCACUCCCAUAGACCUGUACGGUGAUCUAAACCAAAACGACGAGGAUGGAGAUUUUGACAAGACUGCUGAGGCGAGUGAUCUUUAUGAUGCUGUUCUGACCGGCUCGGUGGAUCAGGUCAAAGAAGUGCCUUCAAAAGUGGUCACCUCUCUGUCAAAGGACACGGCAGCUAAAGAGGAGAGCAUAGCAUCAACGCUGAUCAGCUCCAAUGAAGUAAAGUCAUUGAAGAAACAUGCUUUAUAUGUUGGAAAUUUCCCCUGGUGGACAUCUGACAGAGACCUCAUUUACAUGGCCCGGACGUUGGGUGUGGUUGACAUCAGGGAGAUCAAAUUUGCUGAGAACAAAGCCAACGGCCAGUCAAGAGGCUAUGCAGAAAUUGUGGUGUCCUCAGAGGAGUCUUUGCAAAAGCUCUUGCACAAAAUCCCACAGUGUGAACUACACGGGGAGACGUUAAACUGCCGCUUUGCCACCCGCGAGAACCUUACCAUGUUUAUGGACACAGCAAAUAAACGUUUACCUCUGCGUGUCAAUUCAAAGGACUCUACAGAUUCCAUACAAAAGAUUCCUUCAUUAUUAUCACAAGCAUCCAACAAGCCCCCUCCAACCAUACCCCCUCUUUUCCCCACACACCCACUUGCAAACACGUUGCCUUCGCUAUCCAGCCCUUUCCUCAGUCAUCUGCCUCCUCCAUUCCCACACGUCCCACCAAACAUCCCCCCGCCCCCGGUCCCCCCUCUGUUCCCCCUUCAAAGUGUCCAUGUUCCUGGCCAGCCGUCUCCGAGUCUUCACAUCAAUCCAGCGUUCUUCACCCCAGGCCAUGACAGCCACAGCAGCAAAGCUUACAGUCAGCAGAAACACACACCUCAAACUUCAGAUGCAGAUUUUGAGGAACUAAUGAACAGAAACAGAGCUGUUGCCAGCACUGCCAUCACCAAGGCUGUGUCUGGAGCCACAACAGGAGACCUACGGGUGGCUAUGGAGACUCUUUUGACUGCCAUUGCCGUCAUUAAACAGUCCAGAGUGUAUGGAGAUGAGCGCUGCCAGGCCCUGGUCACCUCGCUCAAAGACUGUCUGGUCUCCAUCCAGGGCAACUAUGGCUACAGGGAUAGCCGUCGCUCUUCAGACAGAGACAGAGAUCGAGACAGGGACCAAGACAGGGGCCGUGACAGAGAGCGAGACCGGGACAGAGAGGAUUCCUACGGCAGGGAGGGGUCCGGAACGUCUCGGAGACACCGAGAACGCUCCUGGAGCGGAGAGAGGGACAGGGACCGCGUGCGGGAGCGAGAGAGACACAGAGAUCACAGAGACAGAUACCACUAACUUGGAAUAUAAUCUUUUUAUUUGAGACUCGUUUUCAGACUAUCCUGGCUGCUUAAGUGUGAAGCAGAAUGGGAACAGGACUUACAUUUCUGCACCGAGUUGUACAGCCAUCUGGGAUGAUGGAGGAGGAAUUGAUGGGGACACUGAUGAUGUUAUUUCCAAAACUGUCAUUGAAUAUACUUGGACUCAUUACUGUUUUAUAGGGAAAAAAAUGUUGUAGGUUUGUUGUUGGAGAAAUCAGUUUUUCAAACAUGCACAUGCAAGAGACCUCUCACGUUAUAAACUUUUGUAUAAAAUGAACUGAGAAUUAAUAAAAACCAUUCCCUGAAAA